AUGUCUGCGGUUGAAACAGCAACGCCGCACCUCCGGGUCUCGGCAAAGACGUCCAAAACAGAGCCCGCCUCCGCACGAAUCCAGGCACCCGAGGCCCUGGUCGACGACCACUUCUUCUGGACAUACACCGAAGAGCCGCAUCGCUCAAGACGGCAGGCAAUUAUCAAGGCCCAUCCGGAGGUCACCAAGCUAUGUGGCCCCGAGCCUCUCACCAAAUGGGUCGUCUUCGGCGUUGUCUCCCUGCAAGUGAUCUGCGCCAUCCUUCUCCGCAACACCUCCAUGCUCGACUGGCGCUUCCUGGCCACGGCCUACGUGAUCGGGGCAACUUGCAACCAGAACCUGUUCCUCGCCAUCCAUGAGAUCUCCCACAAUCUGGCUUUCCGUUCGCCCAUGGCCAACCGCCUGCUAGCCAUCUUCGCAAACUUCCCCAUCGGAGUACCAUACAGUGCUGCCUUCAGACCUUACCACCUGACCCACCACAAAUCCCUCGGCGUAACAGGCCUAGACACAGAUCUCCCAACAGCAGUCGAAGCAUUCUUCCUAAACUCCCUCCUAGGAAAGACCUUCUUCUGCACCUUCCAGAUCCUCUUCUACGCCGUCCGCCCCAUGUUCAUCUACAGCCCCCCAUUCACCUACAUCCACCUGCUGAACCUAGUCGUGCAACUGAGCUUCGACUAUGCCCUAUCAAAGCUCUGCGGCUCCAUCCAGCCAGUGUUGUACUUGAUCAUGAGCUCGUUCCUCGCUGGUUCCCUGCACCCCUGUGCCGGCCACUUCAUCGCUGAGCACUACUUCUUCUCGAACGUCAAGAACGGCGACGAAGGAGAAGGCCGCUCCCCACCCGCUGGAUUCGCUUCCUCCCCCGAGACUUACUCUUACUAUGGCCCGCUCAAUAUUCUGACUUACAAUGUCGGUUUGCAUAAUGAGCAUCAUGAUUUCCCGGCUAUUCCUUGGACGAAGUUGCAUAAGUUGCAUGAGAUUGCGAGUGAUUUCUAUGAGCCCCUCCCUUGCCAUCGAAGCUGGGUUUGGGUUAUUUGGACCUUUAUCUUGGAUAAGAAUGUUGGUCCUUGGUGCCGGGUGAAGCGUGCGCAGGGUGGUCGUAUUGUUGGUGGUGGCAAGAAGAACGAUGAUGAUUCUGCUACUUCCAAGGUUACUGGUCGUGGUGGUGAAGGGAUCUCUGCCGCGUCGGCGGGCCCGGCUGGUGAGGAGGGCGAUGGGUGGAAGGAAAGUGAGAUUCAGUGCUAG